UGGAGCAGAAAGAAGCUCUCUUUUGACGGUCAUAGACUCAUAGGAACAUGGCCACAAACAGCAGAGAAGCCAGAAGGAGGAAGAUCCUGGAGCGAGGGUCCGACAGGCUUGCUCUAAUCACGGGUCAAAUCCAAACCCUUCCCUCCUCUUCUUCUUCAUCAUCCGACCCACAAACCCAACUUGAACACACAACAAACCCAUCUUCUCCGCCGCCAGUUUCCGAUGUUCAGGACCAAAUCACCGAGUCACCUUCUGAGAUUGAGGAGAAGGAAAACGAGUCUGAUUCAACAUUGCCAAGAAGCCAAUCUGACACAAACACUGAAACACUGAGGGCCAUUGAUUCACAAGUCCAGCAGCUUAUCUCCUCAUUAACGGCUCAAAGUGCACCACCGCCGCAGUUAAUUCGACCACAAAGGCAACCGCUUUUUACUGCCAGUGGACUAUGUAAUGCCAUUGCAGAAACAGAAACAACCCGCCUUUUGAUUUCGGCAGCAGUAGCAAUUAUGGUGGUUCUGGUUCAUGUGGGGUUUCCAUUGUUGGGGAGUAGUAACAUUUUGAAGUCCCUGUUGGGGUUUAGGCCGUUGUAUCUGGUUUUGCUGACCAAUGUGACAUUUGUGCUGGCAAGGAUUCUUUUUAAGCAGAGAGUCUUUGGAUUGCCCGGAGAGAUUGGGAGUUCUUUUGAGGGAGGUGAUUGGUUUGCACUGUUGGGGAAGGCUUUAGAGAUAGGGAUGGUAGUGCAAAAGGUACUUGAUGCUCUGUUUAUGGAUUGUGCUGUCUAUGCGAUUAUAGUUGUAUGUGGUCUCUCUUCUUCUGCGUAGCAGUUGCUCUAGGAAAGUGUGUGUUUUCCUUAGUUGUAUCUGCUAUUUUGAGUGAAACCUUGUUGAACUUGGAAGCGAAUUUCAAAUACUGCUGUUGUUGUUGAGA